AUACAUUCUGAUUCGACACUUUCGUUUUGUCACCAUGCAGCGGCAGGUGAGCAGCCAGCGCACAUCCCUCACCAAGUCCAAUGGGGUCGGCGCCCUGGGUGUCCCACCAAAGCCGAUUAUACAAUAUCUGCCUAGCUAUCGCAUGGAGCCCAGGAAUCCAUUGAAUAAGGAACGGUUGGCUCACCAUCUGGCGGCUCAAGUCAGCGAAGAGAUCAAGAACAGCAUCAAGCUCAUGAAUUUCGAUAGAUACCGUUAUAUAGUGUUGGUUACCGUUGGAGAGCUGCUCAUGCAGGGCCUCUGCUCCAUGGUCAAUUUUCUGUGGGAUGCCGAGAAGGACGGUUUUGUCACCUACUCCAUCAAGACACCCAAAUUCAUAGCCGUCUGCACCAUAUUCUAUUUGUAUUACGACUGAGUGCGUGCCUAAAAUCAAAAUUCAUGAAAAUAAUAAAAGAAAGAUCAGCGAAAAAUAAUUAAUUAAUAGGAGAAGCAAGGGAAACGGGAAGGAAAACGGAUAAAUGGGGAUAAAGAAUAAAGAGAAAUAUAGAAAGAAUAGUGAAAGUCUUACAGCUUCGAUUUGAUGCCAACUGCUCGAUCUGUGAAGGAAAUGGGGAAUAUAU